CGGCACGCCGCCCCUGGAGCCGAGCCGAGCCGAGCGGAGCGGAGCGUCACUCCGGCGGCAGCCGCAGACAUGGCGACGCUGACAGCGGUCCAGCCGCUCACAUUGGACAGAGAUGUUGCAAGAGCAAUUGAAUUACUGGAGAAACUACAGGAGUCUGGAGAAGUACCAGUACACAAGCUACAGUCCCUAAAGAAAGUACUGCAGAGUGAGUUUUGUACAGCUAUCAGAGAGGUAUAUCAAUAUAUGCAUGAAACCAUAACUGUUAAUGGCUGCCCAGAAUUCCGUGCCAGGGCCACUGCAAAGGCAACAGUUGCUGCUUUUGCAGCAAGUGAAGGCCAUUCACACCCUCGAGUGGUGGAGCUGCCAAAGACUGAUGAAGGUCUUGGCUUUAACGUGAUGGGAGGAAAGGAACAAAACUCUCCUAUAUACAUUUCUCGUAUCAUUCCUGGAGGGGUGGCAGAAAGACAUGGAGGACUCAAGCGAGGAGACCAGCUGCUUUCUGUUAACGGAGUGAGUGUGGAAGGAGAGCACCAUGAAAAAGCAGUGGAGCUCCUGAAGGCUGCUAAAGAUAGUGUCAAGUUGGUUGUGCGCUACACUCCCAAAGUGUUGGAAGAGAUGGAGGCUCGUUUUGAAAAACUGAGGACAGCACGACGCCGGCAACAGCAGCAACUGCUAAUUCAGCAGCAGCAACAGCAGCAGAAUACACAACAAAAUCAUAUGUCGUAGGUUAUUCUCAAGAAUAAAAUCCAGAUCAAGAAUUCAGUAACCAAGCAAUUGGACCUGUGCUUCAGUAUUCCAACCUACAGUUACAAGGAAACAGAGGGAACACAAUAACUGAACUUAUCAAGAAGUUAUGAAUAAGUGGUGUAAGAAUAAUUUAGUAAGAACCACAACACACCUGGUACCUUCUUUAUAAGGCUUUUCAGUACAGUGCAGUCUCAGAUACAAGAUUUCUAUGACUUUAUUCCUAAUGAGCAGUAUGGUAAGUAAACACUAUGAAAUGUAGAGAAGUUUGGGGUUUCUGAAUAAAUCAUUGUAAGGUCCAAUCUUGCACUCUUUAUUCUAACAAAACUCUGGCCUAUUGGUUCACUGAGGUCAGUGAGGGUUAUAUCUAAGGAUGCCAAGAUCGGCUGCUAGUAAGGGUGAAGUCUUUCUCUGCAGUUAUUUCCAGAAAUGAACAACUUGUAGUCCAUCAACCAAACUGCAUCUGUUCAAAAUGUUGCCACAAACAUAAAACAAACUCUCACAUCACACUCCAUAACCUCUUUCUACUAUAUAUUGUAGAGUUGUUUUAAUCUGACUUCCAGUUUAUAAUAAUUUUAAUUUUUUUCCCUGAA